CCCUGCGGAAGCGCGCCGGGAAGGAGGCCGGAGCGAGCGGCGGCGGCUCCCGGACCCGGGGCGCACACAGGAUGGGCAGCAGCUCGCUGUCCGAGGACUACCGCCUGUGCCUGGAGCGCGAGCUGCGGCGGGGCCGCGCGGGCGUGUGCGGGGACCCCUCGCUGCGCGCCGUGCUCUGGCACAUCCUGGUGGAGGACUUCGACCUGCACGGCGCGCUGCAGGACGACGCGCUUGCGCUGCUCACCGACGGGCUGUGGGGCCGCGCCGACUUGGCGCCCGCGCUGCGCAGCCUGGCCCGCGCCUUCGAGCUGCUGGAGCUGGCCGCCGUGCACCUGUACCUGCUGCCCUGGAGAAAGGAGUUCACCACCAUCAAGACUUUCUCAGGCGGCUACGUGCACGUGCUGAAGGCUGUGCUCUCGGAGGACCUGCUGACCAAGAGCUUCCAGAAGAUGGGCUACGUGCGGAGGGAUGACCACCGUCUCAUGGUGGCAGCCCUGCCUCCAGCCCAGCAGCUGGUACAGGUGGCUCUGGGCUGCUUCGCUCUCCGCCUGGAGUGUGAGAUCCUGAGCGAGGUGCUGGCCCAACUGGGCACGAGUGUGCUGCCAGCCGAGGAGCUGCUGCAGGCACGGCGGGCCAGUGGGGACGUGGCCUCCUGUGUGGCUUGGCUGCAGCAGCGGCUGGCCCAGGAUGAAGAGCCGCCACCACUGCCUCCAAGGGGCACCCCUUCUGCAUAUGGAGCCCCCCUGGACCUGUACCGGGACUUGCAGGAGGACGAAGGCUCAGAGGAGGCCAGUCUUUAUGGUGGACCCUCCCCAGGUCCAGACUCACCCCCAGUGGAGCUGGCCUACAGGCCACCACUCUGGGAGCAGAGUGCCAAACUGUGGGGCACUGGGGGCCCAAACUGGGAAUCCCAGGCUGAGGAGCUCACCCAGGUGGGCAGCCCGCCCUAUGGGGCCCUGGAGGAAGAGCUGGAGCCAGAGUCCUCCACCUUCUCCUUCCUCUCACUCCGUCAUGAGCUGAGCCGGCCUGUUCCCGAAGGCCCCAAGAGCCCGGGCAGGGCCAGUCCCAGGCACCUGGAGGCUGAGAGGACACCGGCCUCUGCCUACGGGCCUGUCCCCGAGCUCCCAGGAUACCAGACACACAGCUGCCUAACCCCUGGCGCUCUGCCCACCCUGUGCUGUGACACCUGCCGCCAGCUGCAUGCUGCCCACUGUGCAGCCCUGCCCAGCUGCCGCCCAACCCACUCACUGCGUGUGUUGCUGGGUGACACCCAGAGGCGCCUGUGGCUGCAGCGUGCUCAGGUGGACACCUUGCUCUACGACAGCCCUGGCGCCCGGCCCUAAGCUCCUCUGGGUGCUGGCCUGGGGCUCUCAGGAGCCUCCGUGGUGCUUCUUCUGGUAUUGGGUCUGCUGCAUGGCACAGAGGGGGGCUCUGGUGGGGCCGCUAUGCCUGCCACAGAAAGCUCCUCCUGGGGACAGGCCUUGCACUGGCCCUGCAGGCUCCUUUCACAUGUCCAGUCCUCAGCACUUAGACUUGGGCCCCAACGUGCCCAUGUCUGUCACAGGAUCCAAACCCCCCUCCCUCAAGGACCCUGUCCUCAGAGCUGCAGGCCUGGACUUCUUAAAAUAUCCAGGGAUAUCACACAGGGGCUUCCUUAUGGCCCUGGGAGGCCUCGAGCCCCCUGCCCCUGGGUCAGGUGCACAGAUGACCAUGCCCUGGGUGUCACGUGCCAGGUCCAAGGCCUGUGGGGAAUGGGCAACGGCCAGCAGAGGGGAAGCAGACUGCAAGGCCCACCCCAUGAGGCAGACGUUUGCUCAGUGCUGGUGCUGGGUCUGUGCAGCCACUGCUUCCUGGGGUGGCAUAGCAGGACCGGGGCAGCCCCCAGUAACCCGCAGGUCAACAGAGGUUCUGCCCUAGCCCUCCACCAGGGGGGUGCAGAUGGAUGCCCGACUGCUGGCACUGCCCUGACCCCAUUGGCGAGUGUGUUCCUGUGUCCCGCCGCCCCUUGCUGGAACGCCUGGAACACCCCAUCCAGGUCUGUGGCACAUUAAAACACAAUGAAACCACA